AUGGCGCAGCGGGAAUCACUCGAGGACGAUCCUUGGCUCCUCAUUGAACCUGAUCCUGGAUCAUUGUCACAGCUAUGCACACGUAUGGGAGUAAAAGGCGUCCAAGUCGAACCGAUACCCAGUUUGAACCGGGACUUUAUCCGCGACCUCAGGCCUAUCUAUGGUAUCACGCUGCUCCUGCGUCACAAGCCCGAGAAAUCUCACAGGGACGAAAUGUAUACGACAAAUAACAACGUCUACUUUGUAAAUCAGGUUGUCCACGACGCUUAUGCAAUGUACGCGAUGUUGAGCGUCUUGCUGAACCGUGAGGAAUCCAUCGACCUUGGCUCUGAACUACUCAAUUUCAAGGAAUUUACUGGCGAUUUCCCACCAAUGUUAAAGGGGCUAAGCGUGACCAACAGCAAAGCACUAAAGGAUGCUCACAAUGGCGUAGGAAGGCGCAGUCCGAGGCGGCCAGCACGCGGCGAUAAUACAUACCACUACAUCAGCUACCUACCAAUUGGAGGUCAUUUAUGGGAGUUGGACGGAUUCAAAAGAGGGCCUCUCCGACUAGUGCCUUGUACGGAAAACAGCUGGCUAGAUGCAGCGCGCGCCGAGCUACAGCGAAAACUUGACAUGUAUCAAAGACAGCAGAUCCCGUUUUCGGUAUGGUCUAUCAUCGAGGAUCGCCGACAAGUCUACCAACGAAGACUAGUGAGGAAAGCUUAUUUGCGAAGCGCCAUUGAACGUCAACUCGACUAUUGCGAUCCAAGCUGGCGGACGACUUUCCGAGCACAACAAUGGGAGGACGAAUACAAACACGCGUUGGAGACUUUCACAAAGGAAAGAUGUAAACGCGGAGCAGCGAUGCACAUUUUAUAUCCAACUUGUCGCUCGGUAGAAGAUCUUCCUGCACAGGAUCGUGCCGAGCUGGACGCUGAAAUUGAAACUAGUGUUGUUGGACGACCUGUGCAAGAACUCGUGGAUUUAUGGCUGCAGAAUCAGGACGACUCCAUCAGACUUUAUGCACGUCUUAGCGAAGAGCUAGAAAAGCAUGAAAGCCAUGAGCACAAUACUUCCCGUCGCCAACACGACUACACGCCGUUUAUUCGAACGUUCAUCAGUCGUCUCGUGGCGCGCGGACAUCUUCAGCGGAUGGUGGCCGACAUAUCAUAA